AUGCCGCGCGGCAUCAAGAAGCACAUGAAGCGGCUGGCAUGCCCGUCGCACUGGCUUUUGGACAAGCUGGGCGGCGUGUUCGCCCCCAAGCCGUCGCCGGGUCCCCACAAGAAGCGGGAGUGCCUCCCCUUGAUCCUCAUUCUGAGGAACAGGCUCAAGUACGCGCUCACGGGGUCGGAGGUGAACGCCAUCCUCAUGCAGAGGCUGGUCAAGGUCGACGGGAAGGUCCGCACGGACAAGACGUACCCCGCUGGCUUCAUGGACGUGGUGGAAAUCCCCAAGACGGACGAGCACUUCCGCCUGCUGUACGACGCCAAGGGCCGCUUCGUCGUGCACCGGAUCAGCAAGGAGGAGAGCAGCUACAAGCUCGGCAAGGUCAAGCAGGCGCAGUUCGGCAAGAAGGGCAUCCCGUACGUCGUCACCCACGACGGCCGUACCAUCCGCUACCCGGACCCUGAGAUCAAGGUCGGCGACACGGUCGUGAUCGACCUGGCGACCAACAAGAUCACGGACUACGCCAAGUUCGACACGGGCAACCUCGUGAUGGCCACGGGCGGCCACAACGCUGGCCGCGUGGGCGUGGUGACGUCCCGCGAGAAGCACCAGGGCGCGCACGACGUCAUCCACGUGCGCGACGCCACCGGCGCCGAGUUCUCCACGCGCGAGACCAACGUCUUCGUCAUCGGCAAGGGCAACAAGCCGCUCGUGUCGCUCCCGAAGGCCAAGGGUGUGCGUCUGACCAUCAUCCAGGAGCAGGCCAAGCGUCACAAGCUCUAA